ACCAUGUCAGGUCGAGCGGGAGCGGAUGGCUUGCUCUGGCGCGGCUAGCCAUUCCUACUAACGAAGCGAGCCGUCGCUCAUGUGUCCGAUAUGCUCGCCACAGCCAAUCCAUGACUCUGCCGGCUACCGGUGCCACCGACGAUGCAGCCAGGGUGCCGCCGCGAUUGAGCACAAGCCGCCUCGGGAAAGACCGAGUGCCGCAAGGUGCCAUUGGCCGUUAUCUGUUAUCCCUUCUUCUUCUCUCUACACCCGGCAACGUGAGAACGGGCCCUCGCGGCACCUUACAGCCCGGACUGGAAACAUGGUCGGGACGUGUAACGGUAACGGCGUCGAAUCGCUCGUCGUCAGACCCGCCCCUCCCGCAAAAGAGAUGCACAACACCGCGUGUACACGCGCCUAGUCUCUUCGCCUUGAAAAUGCUCGACGACGACAAGGGAAUCGUCAUCCCCAUAGUGGUAUGUCCCCGACAAACGGGGCCGGUCGUGGAUCCCGCGCGCCGAGGGCCGACACCCGCCCCCUGCCUGAACCAUCGCCCGGACGGCUGUCGGCCGGGGACGAACAACUGCACACCGUCAAGAUGAUGCGGGUCGCAGAGCUUUCGCCCGCAUCGCCCACGUCCGCCGACGACGCAUGCCAAGUCCUUCUCCGCUAUCCACGAUCCACUCCUAGGGCACUAGAGGCAUCAUGUUGGUCGCCCAAGGGCCUAGCCAGCUCGGCAUCACAC